GCGCAUGCGCCAUUUUUCUAAACAAGCGGCGAAGGCUUCAAAAAUGGCGGACUCAAGUAGCGAAAGUAGCGACAGUGAUAGGAAGAUAAGAAGCAAGAAACGGAAAGAUAAGCGUAAACCAAUAAUUUCUAACAAGAAAACAACAAAACGCAGGUCGUCAGGUGAGGGUAGUUCUGAAGAAGAAAUUAAAAAAAGAAAAUACAAAAAAAAAGAUGCGAAAAAAGAAGACAGACCAAAAAUCAGGAGAGUGUCUUCCUCUGACGAUGAUGAUGAUAAUUCAACCUUAGCAAGAGAAACGGCUCUUCGUAAACGAUUAAAAGAGAACUACAAGGGUAAACAAAAGCAAGACAGUUAUGAAUAUUUCGAAGACGAACGUAAAUUUAAACAUUCUGAUACUUCUGAUAUUGAUUAUAAAAAUAAAAAAGAUAAAACCAGUCCCGAUUAUAAUAAACAUAGACACAAAGGGCACCAGAAUGAUUCAAUUUUUGAUAAUAAAACUCAUAGAUCCAAAACUGGUUUUAGAAACAUUGACGGCAACUUCAAAAAUGAGAGAGAUGAUAGAAAGGAAAAUAAUGAGAGGUAUGAAAAUGACAAACAUUCUAACAAAGAGUUUUCGGAAACAGAUCGAUCUCGGUCACUCAGCAGAGGAGGUGAACGAAGACAUGUAAGAGAAUGGGAUAGAGGAAAACAGGGUUCUCAUUCGGCUGAUGUAAGACAAAGUGAAUCAUUUAAAAAGAGUGAAACAUCAAAUAAUAGUAAAAAUGGAACAGCUGUGGCAAAAGAAGAACCAAAUUUUAAAUUAUCUGGAAAAUUAACAGAAUAUACAAAUACAUAUAAUGGAGUUGUUAUAAUGUAUAACGAACCUGUAGAAGCAAGAAAGCCAAAAACAAAAUGGCGGUUAUAUCCUUUUAAAGGAGAACAAGCACUUACUAUGCUUCAACUUCAUCGUCAAAGUGCAUUUUUGUUAGGACGAGAUAGAAAGGUUGCAGACGUACCUGUCGAUCAUCCUUCUUGCUCAAAACAGCACUCAGUGCUGCAGUUUCGUCUGGUUGAUUACGAAAGGCCUGAUGGAACAAUGGGUAGGCGAGUUAAACCAUACAUCAUAGACUUAGACUCAAGAAAUGGUACAUUUGUAAAUAAUAAAAAAAUAGAACCUCGAAGAUAUGUUGAAUUAUUAGAAAAGGAUGUACUGAAGUUUGGAUUCAGUUCUCGAGAAUAUGUACUGUUACACGAGAAGUCACAAGAUGAUGAAGAAGCGUCAGGGACGGACGAGGAGAGUAAAGAUUCCAAAGAUGAUUAAACCAUAAUAGGAAUAUAAUACUAUGCGUUUGUAGAGAUUUUGUGGCUUUAGUUACCUCCCAAAUUUAAAGAAAAGUAACUUAGUCAAUUUUAUGAUUUUCAAAUAUACUUUUAAUCCAAAAAGUAUAAUUUUUUAUACAAAAAGCCAUCAAUUUAUUUUUAUUUGGUGAUUUUUGGAAGUGCUUUUGUAAUAAAUUUAAUGAUUUAUCAUUUUUGUAUAUACAUAUGUGAAAGGACUUCAAUACUAAUA